AUGGAUGCCUCUAAGCCCGACCAGAUUGAGGGGCGCCGCGCAAGCUUUAGCUCACACAAUUCCCAGACUGCCAAAGAGUUCAUCGACUCCCAGCUCCAACUAGAGGCAGAUGCGCGCGAGGCCUUGCCAUAUUCUUUCGAUUCCUGCACAUAUGCACUCGGACCGUUGCGCCAAACCCUCUUCGCGUGCAUCACCUGCAAUCCACCACCCACGAAUCCCAAUGAGCAAUAUACUGCUGCCGCCGUCUGCUAUUCGUGUUCAAUCUCGUGCCACGGGGAGCAUACCCUGGUAGAGCUGUUCUACAAGCGCAACUUUGUCUGCGAUUGCGGAACAACUCGUAUGCCCUCUUCAUCCUGCUGCACACUGCGCGAUGACCCAGCAACCGGAAAGAAGGGUGCUCACUCUCAAGAAGCUGCGCCGGGUAACACAUACAGCCAGAACUUCCGGAACAAGUUCUGCGGCUGCGGCGAGCAGUAUGAUGCGUUUUCAGAGAAGGGAACCAUGUUCCAGUGCCUUGGACUUGGAACAGUUGAGACGGGUGGAUGUGGUGAAGACUGGUGGCAUCCCGAAUGCUUGAUUGGCUUGUCAAGGGAUUGGAACAAAUCUGGCCCCAAAGACCAGGGACUUGGAGGUGAUGCCGCUGAAGAUGAUGCAGAUGAGGAAACCCCGCUUCCACCUGGGUUCCCCGCAGAGGAUGACUUCCAACAUCUGAUCUGCUAUAAGUGCGUUGAUUCAAACCCUUGGAUCAAGCAGUACGCGGGAUCACCGGGAUUCCUGCCCCCGGUAAUGAAGAAUGGUGGAUUGCAGAAGGCAGUCAACGGGACCCACGUCAAGGACACCGAUGAGCCUAAGCCAGAGGAUUUAGUGAAAGAUGAAAAUAAGGCCGGGGAGAUCAACACCGAGGAAAGCAAAGCCGAUCAAAGUAAGGCCGAGGAUCACAAAAUAGCGGAGGAACCCUCAAAAAAGCGCAAAGCAGAUGACGAGGAGCCUACCGAGACCGCACCCGCCCCAAAGCGAUCAAAAGACGACAACACCGAGGAAACACAAUCAAAGCCUACAACGCUGGAAACCCAACCUAAAGAAACAGCCAGCACAGUCACUCCUUCCGCCCCAAAGCACACAGCACUCCCCAAACCUACACCAACGGAAUCAUUAUCUCUUUUCGCUACAGAGGACUUCCACAACCAUCUAUGCCGUUGCGCAGACUGCUUCCCUUACUUGGUUCCCCACCCCCAGCUCCGCGAAGCAGAAGAGACAUACGAGCCCCCAGUCUCUGAGGAUGGCGACGCUGAUGGUGCCGCCAGUGCUGGAACAGGCAGCAUAUACGAUCGCGGCGAAGCAGCGCUCAAUGGCGUGGACCGUGUCCGUGCUAUCGAGGGUGCAAUGGCGUACAACCACCUCCGCGACAACCUGAAGGCUUUCUUGAAGCCGUUCGCUGAAAGUGGACAAGCAGUCAGUGCGGAGGAUAUCAAGGGUAUCUUCGAAAAGCUUCGUGGCGACGACCAAGGGAUUCAAGAUGCCGCCAAUCAAGCCUCCGACAAUACCAAUGACAAGGAUGGAAGCAAUCCACAUGAACAAAGUGGAUACUGA